AUGACCGGACUUGCCAAGCUUGUUGGAGUCGGUGCCGUGCUCCUGACUGCUGUAGUCAUGGGCUCUCCCGCUCCGGCAACUGGACUUCUACUGGCUCGAGACAACGAUUUGAGCAGUUGUACGAACCGCACUUUCGCCAGGGGCUACCUGAGAGCCCGGUGUUCUCAAGACACCUGUAGUGAAAUCCACAUGAAUGGGUGCCUCGAUAACCAAGAUGGCCAUCUGACUCCAAACUCGAAUGGUGGCUAUGAUUAUUCCUGCCGAGACUGCGCCUUGCGCAAAGACAUCGAGGACCCCCUCUUCGAAUGCGAUUGUCAGGAGGGUGACACCGGAUACUACAUGCACACGUCUCUCAACCUUGACACUGUCAUUCGCGCCAAUAACGAUAGCGUGCUCUUCUGCUACGGCAAGGUGGGCUCCACGGUCACUUGCUAG